AUGUUGGGUCUGCAACAGCCACAUCGACGAGGACCGUGGUCCGCCCACGAAGACGCCCACCUGCUCAGUCUUGUACAGCUCCACGGACCCCACAACUGGGUGCGAAUCGCAUCACUAGUGAACAGCCGGACACCCAAGCAGUGCCGGGAGCGCUACCACCAGAACCUGAAGCCAUCCCUCAACCACGACCCGAUCACACCAGAGGAGGGCGUGAUGAUCGAACGAUUAGUCGGGGAGAUGGGCAAGCGAUGGGCCGAAAUUGCCCGAAGGCUCCACGGCCGCAGCGACAACGCCGUGAAGAACUGGUGGAAUGGCGGCAUGAACAGGCGAAGGAGGAUGUGUCUCCGCCAGAGGUCGCAAUCCCACAAUCUGGACAGUAUCAACACUACCGCCACCACCAGCAGCAUCAGUAGGCACUCGGAGGACAACAUGAGCCAGUUUGCUACCCCACAGUACUCGCCGGUCGGCAGGAAUCUCACCAUCGACGUUAGCCGGAAACACCACGACACCCCACUAUCCUCACCAGCAUACACAGAGAGCUCGAGGGGGCAGACUCCCGGAUUGGUAUCUGAUGCCGCCAGUGCGUUCAGUGUGUCCCCACGCAUGCCACCGUCCCCCAUGAGUAGCGAGAAUACGCUGCCACCGCUGCUACACCCCCAUGGUGCACAGCCCCGGCGGACGUCGUUGCCCAUCCUGCAGGUCCCCGGGGAGCCUCGUAUCCCAGAGUAUGAUAACCACACGCAAUCAUUAACUCGACGAUAUUCCAGUACGAGCAGGGAUUUCGAGAGAUGCUCUCGAGAAUUGCCUUAUACAACCUCCUCACUCCCGCAUUCUGCCUCUAAUCAACACUAUUCCACGAUGGAUUUGAGUUAUCACUACCUACGGCAUAAGGUGCCGCAAUACGACUCUCAUCGUGAUCCCGUCAUCAUACGUGAUCCAGACUCUGCUCAGCAGGAUAGCAGAAUGAAUCUUGCUAGUAUCUUGGGCUGA